UAAAUAUACUUGAUGUUAAUAUAUAAUGUCGGGUGUACCAUUGUGUAAUUAGUAGAGCUAUGGACUAUGGUUAACUAUCUAUUUUGGAUAUAUAUAUAUAUAUAUAUAUAUAUAUAUAUAUAUAUGUACGUAGGGUCAUCAAAACAUGUUAUCGGAUUAUUGUGAUAGUAAUAUUAUCUGAAGUGCUAGCUCUCAUUGGAGUAGGGAAACCACGUAAAUCAUGUGUCUUAUUCCUUUACAUGAUUUACGUGAAUGGCUUGACAUGGUAUCAGAGCUAUUUUGAUUUGCUCUCAUCUGGGAUUUCUUCUUUCCCGGUCUAUGUUGGUCGGCGUAUUCUGAUCGUUUGUGUUUACCGUUUUUCUCUGUCGAUGUAUUUCGGGUAUCUCCUUCUUCGGCUUCGGAUGUAUUUCUGGGUACGUAUUCCUCCGCCUUUCUUUGUGGCUUCAGCUCGUUUUCUGUCUAUUAUCAUGAAGCUCGAACGUGGUGAAUCUUUGGGGGAGCGCCUUAAUGACUCCAAGUAUCAGUUGUGGGCUUUUCAAUUUACUACCUUUGUUGAGGGAAAGGGUCUUCUUAGCAUCCUUGAUGGUGCUACACCCUGCCCGGAUGCUGCGAUUGCCAAAGCCGAAGAUGUUGCUUCUUGGAAAAGCAACAAUGUGCGAAUCAAAAGCUGGCUUCUCCGGUCUGUUGAUCCAACUGUAGCUUUAACUCUCCGCUCCUUCACUACACUCCGUGUCCCAUUCGCAACUAGACUGCUCUCGUCAGUUUGAGCUUGAAAAUCAACUAUCUUUGUGUGUCCAUCUCCGUGUCCCAUUCUCCUGUCUGUUGAUUAAUGUAUGGUAGUUAUGACUAUUUAAAUAUUUUAGUGACCGUUAUAUUUCAGUAUUACUCCGGUAUGGUAGCCUGAUUUUGUCGGUACGAUUUUUCGACAAAAAAACAUAUUUUAUUAUUACAAAAACGGUAUUUAUCGGUACAAAAUAGUUGAUGAACCAUGAUCGUACUACAAAAUCCCGAACCAUGCUGCAAACGCACUGGCCACAUCACUCUUUCCACGCAUGAAGAAUCGUCCUCCACGUCCUGGUGCUCCUUUUGGCUCUGGAUUUCUCACUGGCACUUCUUUUGUUGUUCAAGCUGCGAAUGCUUCUCCGCCUGUCGCUGCUUCCCUUCCUGCCGCUUCGAGUCUUACCACUGAGUCUCUCCACAACCUUCUUCAGCAGGCUCUUCAGCGUAUUCUUCCUACGACUCUUAAUGUUGCUUUCUCCAUUACUUCUGGUUCAGGUAAUUCUCAUUGGCUACUAGAUUUUGCUUUCUCCAAUCAUAUGACUCAUAAUCUUCGUUCAGCCUUUACUCAUACUCAGCCAGUUACGGAUAUGUCUCUUCAAGUUGCCAAUGGGGCACAUCUUCCUACGUCCGGGAUUGGUCAUAUACAGAGUAAUUCGAUUGAGUUGGUUGAUACUUUAUAUGUUCCCCAGCUAUUUCCCAAUCUAGCCAGCGUUGGGCAGUUAGCUGAGCAGGGUUGCCACAUUGUUGCCUAAUAAGUUGCAUGGCUGCUAAGAUGGCUCAAUUUUCUUUCUCGGCUACUACUAGUGACAUUACUGAGCCAUUUCAUGUUGUUCAUUCUAACCUUUGGGGCCGUCUCCUAUGACAUCGCGCCUUGGUUAUCGCUAUUUUACAUCAUUUGUUGACCAGGCUACUCGUUACAAGUGGGUUUAUUUAUUGUGAUUUAAAUUUGAAUUGGUUACCGUGGCUAAAGAUUGUAUUCGCAUAAUUCAAACCCAGUUCUAGCGAACUAUGAAGAUACUUCGGUCUGAUCCUGGUGGUGAGUUUAAUUUUAUUUUCCUACAUGAUUUAUAUAAAUUUAAAGUAGUUUU